AUGGUCGCUACAAUUAACGUUCCUGCCAACCAAAGCGCCCAACAUGUUUUUGAAAACGGAGCUAGUGAUGCCAUCUUCAAGGUCGCAAUUGUCGGUGCCGGUGGUAUCAACUUUGGUUCCGCCGAGGGCCCUUGGAACAAUGCCCAACGUAUUGAACAAAACUUGGGUCAACGUCUUCGUGUCACCGCUUUAAUCAACCCCGUUCCCAGCGAAACCAACCGUGUUUUGGAUACCAAGCGUGAUUCCAAGGUUGCUUACGCUUACGAUGAAACAAGAAUGUUUACCUCCAUGAUCCAAUACUUGGACUAUUUAACUAGACACCCCGAAGAAGAACCCAAUGCCUUCGUGAUCGGUAUUCCUCCUGACUUCCACGGCUCCAACAAGAUCGGUGCCGACAUGGAGUUACAAAUCGUCCGUCAAUUCCCCAAGGCUGCUCUCUUCGUCGAAAAGCCCAUCUCCUCCGCUGCCGUCGAGGACACUUUCGAUGUUGUUCGUCAACUUGAGCAACACCAAGCCAUCAUCUCCAUCGGUUACAUGUUCCGCUACUUGAAGGUCGUCGAGGCCGCCAAAAAGUAUAUCGAGGACAACAACCUCAACAUCGUUUGCACAAUCGCCCGCUACAACUCUUCCUACAUUCACAACUCCAAGGCCUUUUGGUGGUACGUCUCUAAAUCCGGUGGCCCUGUCGUCGAACAAGGUACUCACUUUUGCGAUUUGUCUCGCUAUUUCGGUGGUGAUGUGGACAUCCCAACCGUCAAAGUCAACCGUGUCCUUUCCAACGACCCCGUUGGUAAGCUCUCCGCUCUUCCCAUCGAUGAAGACGCCAUUCCCGAACAUGAACGCGUUCCCCGCUUUACCGCUGCUUCCUGGAAGUACAAGUCUGGUGCCGUCGGUAUCUUAGCCCACAGUAUCAUUCUCCAAGGUACCCAAUACGAUACUUGCUUGGAACUUCAAGCUGAUGGUCACUAUAUUCGUAUUGUCGACCUCUAUGGCACUCCUAGAUUGUACAUCCGCUCUCCCGAUUCCGAUACCGAGCGCAUCGUCAACUUCCCCGACGAUGAUCCAUACUACUCUGAAUUUGAAGCUUUCAUCGGUGUUGCUGAGGGCAAGCUUCCUCGUAGCCGUAUCUUGUCUGAUUUCGAGGAUGGCACCAAGACUUAUGAACUUACAAAGGCCAUUACCAACAGUUAG